CCAAACCAUCGCCUUCAUCUCUCACCUUCUCCCGGUUACGCCCAAAGAUCUUCUCUCCGGGCCUAAAUCGCUACCUCCUCUCCAGGUUUCGCUCAAAACCUUCUCCUUCGUGAUAGAACCCUCGCGAUACAGUUGCAAUUAGAGCUGGGCAGGCAGUAGCGGUAUCGCGGCGUACAGAGACCGAAACUCUGAUGCUUCUCCUUCCUCACUGCUCCUACCCAAAAGCUAGCCGUCGCUCCUCUGCCCUACCUCCGUUUCUCCUCUGCCGAAAGCCAUGCGAGAACCUGAAGACCCACAGCUGAAGCGGGGGCGAGCUAGGAGGCAGGAUGAGGAAGAGGUAAACCAUAUACAUCCUAAGGGUUUCUAUCGGCAGAUUGUGAAAAUAUGGCAAAAACUAGGGAUCGAACUGAGGAUUUCAAGGAUGCUGUCCGUACUUCGGCUGUUUCAUUCGGAUACACUGAGUCCAUGUUGGUUCCGGUAAUGGCAUCUUUCAUCAUGCACAAACCUACGCAUAGGUUGCCAUUUACCAAAGCUGCGCUAAAGACGCUUGAAGGCAUAAACGAAUUGGAGCAUUUUAUUUUAAAGCACCAAAAGGAUUAUUUGAAUUUACAUCGCACCACCGAACAAGAAAGGGACAAUAUUGAACAUGAAGUCGGUGUUUUUGUUAAAGCAAGCAAGGAGCAAAUUGAUAUUCUAAAAAAUAAGAUUUCUGAUGAGGAGAAGCAUGAAAAUACAAAAAGAUGGCUUCCCAUGCUUCGUGAUGGUUCUCAUGCGGAUGAGGUAGCUCAUAUGCAUGGUGUGGUUUUGAUUUUAAGUGAAAGACUUCAUUCGGUUACGGCUAAGUUCGACCAACUUAGGGCUGUGCGUAUUCGAGAAGCCAUUAAUCGUGCAAUGCCCAGACAAAAGAAGCGUACAAUUACGACCAACAAAUCUCCAGAAGUGCUUACAUCUGAUUUUCCAGAGCUUGUAAGCCAUGAAUUUUCUACUGAGCCUAUUACAGUGCAGAAUCAACUUCUUGAUGAUGAAACACGGGCACUUCAGGUAGAGUUGACAAGUCUGUUGGAUGCGGUACAAGAAACUGAAACAAAGAUGAUCGAGAUGUCGGCGCUGAAUCAUCUCAUGUCGACGCAUGUCUUGCAACAGGCUCAGCAAAUUGAGCUGUUGUAUGAGCAGGCGGUGGAGGCAACAAAGAAUGUGGAAUCAGGGAACAAGGAGCUAACCCAGGCCAUAAAGCGUAACAGCAGCAGCAGAACUUUCCUGUUACUCUUCUUCUUCGUUCUAACCUUCUCUGUCAUCUUUCUCGAUUGGUAUAGCUGACAUUUUUUUUUUCUUUUUUUUUAUUGGGAUAAUUACAUGCAGACCACCCAAAACAUUGAUAUUUACAAAUUAACCAUCCAAAUGAUUUCCUUGAACUACCAAACCGAUGUAUUAAAGCGUGUCACGAACGAACCAUUGAGAAUUUGGUAAAAAUGAAAAAUGGAUGAAAGAGGGUGGUUGAUUUGUAAUUGGCUAGUUUCUGGUUUUUAUAUGUCUCUUCUUCUUGCUCGUCUGAACUGUAGAAAUAUACUCUUGAACGGUGUAGAUCCUGUAUAUUUAUAUAUUUGAGCACAAUUCAUAAGAUUUUUUUUUUCAAGGGGGUGAAAUCUAAU